AAACUAUUAAAAGAAUCUGGAGAGGAGAACCAGAAGUCAGAAUCUUGUUCUGCUUUUUAGUUUACAGAUGAUGAUGUCUUCUCCAUUGGAGAUCUACAUGUCAGCUUGUUGAGCCAGCCAUGGAUGGUGGAAUUACAUCGAAGACUUGAGUUCCAUGGAUGCACUGCUUCAUCGCCACUCCACCUCUCCUAUAAUCAACCACUACUGUGGCAGCUGCUGGAAGUUGCUUUUUGCCUCUUUUUUUUUUAUUUGAAUCAAAUUCAUUCUUACCAAUUGCACAACAAUGUAUCAAUCAUCAUAAUAUCUUGACACAAAUGUGGGAGAUGAUGCAGGUUUGACUGACAUCUAUGAUUGCCGGGCUAUUGGAUUUUCAUCCAUGUUUGUGAUACCCAAGGUUUUAAGGACGAUGAAGACGACAGAAAUGUGGACAAAUUCUUCGAGGAUUUGGGAUCGGAUGCGAAGCAAAAGGUAUCGAUCUGCGCUGAUUAUUGGCCUUGACACCAAAACUCAACCAGAGAGGAAAAGUUCCACCACUUGUCUUCUGAUUUCUUGAGAGGUAAACCAGAAAGGUGAACCACCCAAGAGAGGAUGUCAAAGGUCAAUGCCUCUGGUUGUGUGUUUGGUGGUCCUCUAAGCACUCAUAGGCAGAGUUGGACUCUUCCUGUCUUAGGCUUAAAACCUUACUUAUUGGUUGUCUGAUUGCUUGGAUUGUACUGCAUGUUGCACUUCACACUAGGAAGACUGAUCUACUUGGUGGGAGCUGUAGAGAUCUGAAGACUCGUUUGGCCAUUGUUCAUCUCAGCAACCUUUGAGCUGCUUCCACCGAUCUGUGUGCUUAUGGAAUUCGAGGGGAAAUGUUACAAUAUCCAAAUGCAGGAUGCGAAAUGCCAAAGUUAUUUUUUGGAGAAAAUGCUUCGAGUGGACAAGAUAUCUUCAAGGCACAAGCGCUCCAAGAGAUUUUUGGGAAAGUUGAAGUUAUAUUACUGCUAGAGAUAAGUGGAAGUAGUGUUCUUUCUAUAGGAAAGCUAUGACAUUCAUUUCCUAACCUAUGUUUGCUUAUCAUUGCUGGUCUUUAAUGUCAGUGAAUCCUACCAGAGAAACAGAGAAGUUGAAUUGGAGACUCUGCCUGGAUCAAUCCACCAUGCUAAGCCGGUCAUUGGAGAGUCUACCGGUGACAGUGAGAUCAGAAAUAAGCCAUUGCCUGAAGCUAGUGUCCGAAGUUCAUUGAAGUAUGAGAUUCUGCAGCUUGAGAAGCGGCUACAAGAUCAAAUGAUGAUGCGAUGUGCUAUAGAAAAGGCAAUGGGAUUUGGCUCUUCUGCAGUUUGCUCCUCAAAUGAAAGAUCAGUGCCAAAGCCUACAAAGGAACUGAUAAGGGAGAUAGCUGUAUUGGAAUUAGAGGUUAUGCAUCUAGAGCAGUAUCUGUUAUCACUUUAUCGCAAGGCUUUUGAUCAGCAAACAUCCACAUUAUCUCCCCCUGCUAGUGAGAAUCAAUUGAAAAAGCCAUUGAAUUCCAAACCUGAGUUGCUCCACGAAUCUGCAAAACUCAGAAUCUCAUCUAAUAGAGGAAACUCAAGAGUGCAAUCUAGUCAGACAGAGCUGCCUCAGAAAUGGACUGCCGACUUGGUUAAUGAAGGUUGUGAAAUCAAGUGCCAGGAAGCUCUAUUAGGUCCUGGCAUUCGUCGCAGCCAUUCUUCUCUUUCUUACCGUGCAACUUGUUCUGCUAGGAUUUCACCCUCACAAGAAAGUCUAGCUAGAGCUCUUCACUCAUUCCAUUCUCAACCUUUGUCUUUUCUCAAGGCAAAACAAAAUGUUAAUUCUGGGGUGAUCAGCUUAGCCGAAUAUCUUGAGACUGGUAUCACUGAUGAUGUUCCAGAGUCUCCUAAUAGACUUUCAGAAGACAUGGUUAGAUUAAUGGGUGCUGUAUAUUGCAAACUUGUUGACCCUCCUUUGGUUUUUCAUGGCUUUUCAUCUUCUCCGGCUUCAUCCUCCUCAUCUAUGAGUGCACUAUCUCCCCACUAUCCCGGAGAAUUGUGGAGUCCUGGUUAUAAAAGGGAAUCUAAUCUAGAUUCUAGCUUGAUAAAUCCUUUUCAAGUUGAAGGACUGAAAGAAUUCAGUGGACCAUACAACGCAAUGGUGGAGGUGCCUCUUAUUCGUAGAGACCGUCAAAGACUGAGGGAUGUUGAAGACAUGCUACAUAACUACAAGUUAAUCCUUCAUCGAUUGGAGAUAGUUGAUCCAAGGAAGUUGAGAAAUGAUGAAAAGCUUGCCUUUUGGAUAAACAUACACAAUGCUAUAAUCAUGCAUGCAUACGUCGAAUAUGGAAUUCCCGAGGGGAAUGCGAAAAAGACUUCUUUGUCGAUCAAGGCUAUGUGCUCCAUAGGUGGUCGUUCUAUAAAUGCAGCUAUGAUACAAACUUAUAUUCUUGGGUGCAGGACACACUGUACUGGGCAGUGGCUUUGGACAUUGCUCUAUCCAAGGUUGAAGCACAAGGCUGGAGUCCAAUGGAAAUCCUACGCAAUUGAACAACCAGAACCUCUUCUACACUUUGCACUUUGUUCAGGCAGCCAUUCUGAUCCCGCGGUUCGAAUCUAUUAUUCGGAUCGAUUGUUCCAGCAGCUAGAAUCAGCAAAGGAAGAUUACAUUCGUGCCACCGUUGGUAUUUGGAAGGAACAGAAGAUCCUUCUUCCAAAGCUCAUAGAUUCAUAUGCCAAGGACUCAAAACUAAGCUCUCAAAGAUUGGUGGAAAUGGUUCGGUGUUACCUUCCUGAGACUCUUAGGAUGGCCAUGCAGAGAUGCCAAAAUGGCAGAUCCAAGAAGACCAUCGAGUGGGUUCCCCACAACUUCAGUUUCAGAUACCUGCUCUCAAAAGAAUUGACAAGUUACAGCAGAUAGAAAGAGACUUAAGAAUGAGAUUUGGCUGCCAUGAGUGAGCUGAUGGUUCCAUUACUUUGUUUCUUCUUCACAGGAAAAAGGAGUAGGCAGACUUGUAUAUGGAGGUUGCAAUGUAAUUUACAUGUGUAUGUAUAGUCCAAAUGAACCUUGAUCAACAAGGUACAGUGAGUUUGCCUUUCUUUUUUUCUUUUGAGGAAAUUGCAUAGAUUGGACUGAUUAGUUUCAAGAAAUGUUGGAGUUUUACAUCUUCUCAUGUGAUCAUCACUACUGUUUAGGCCCGGAAGAAGGCAUAGAUGUCGGUG